AUGGCUGAUCAGAUUUUGGCCUUGCCUACCCCCUACAGACCACAGAUCAUGCCCGCCUCAGCCCUCCCCCUCACCGGGCUCCACAUCGCUCCGAGGUCCCUGAGUUCCUCCAGUUCCGGCCUCUUGACCAACAUUCCUGAUUCCCAUUUGAGCUGUGCCUUCAGCUGCCUGGGCCCCGAGCCCCGGAAUCCUCUCCCUAAACUUCAUGUCCCUCCACGGAUCUCAAAACCAAAACUGGCCGGAGACACUCACCCCAGCGAGGGGAGGCUGGGGAUACUGCCACUCCCACCGAACUCCCUGCCCUCCCAAUUUCCAACUGGAUACAAAUGGGACGGAGCUGUCUUCCACGCCAGUUCUCCUGCUCUCUGCCUGCUGUUGCGGUGUGUCAGUGCCGGUGUGGUGGGCUUCCGGUUUCACAAGGGCUGGCUGGGCUGUGGGCUCAAAAAUGAGAGGCGGUCCUACUGCGACAUCUGCGAUUCCGAGACGGAGAUACCUCAGAUCAGGAGCACUGUGGCAGACGAGAGGAAUCUCUUCUCCCUGAUGGUGAAUCCUCGGAAUUCCCUGUCCCAGAGUCGCAGGAUUGGACCAGGAGCUGGCUGGCUCCCACACCACAGGGCAGGUGGCGGGAGCAGACCCACAGCACGAUGGCACCUCCAGAGGAGGCCGUCCGGCCCAUCGGGUCGGCCCUGGGACUGGCGAUGGCAGCCCUCUACCCUCCACACCCUCAGCGCGUCCCGCCGGCUCACGGUGCGGCGCCCAGCCCGCCGCGCUCCGACAGCCCAACAUUUCUUCCCCGUCCACGGCAUGUCCCGUCGCCCUGACGCCCUGUUCACAGAGAGACCAGAGCCCAGGGUUGGGAUCCCGGCGUGGGAGGGGGUCCAGGGGCGCCCCUUGUCACUGAGUCGGGACGUCCUUGCGACCCAGAGUCACCGGGACACGGUCAGGGCUCACCGCCACACAGCACGAUCCCAGAUGUCAUGGGACCCUCCAGAACCCCCGACCGCUCCCUCAGGAAUCCCCUCCCCUCCGUUACCCAAGCCCACCCAGCCCGGACUGCCGCCAGCCAGCGAGGGAGACGCGGGCGACACUUCGGAAGGGACGUUGCCAAGACGCUCCCAAUCAGUAGCUUGGCAGCUCUCUGCCGACCGACACGAGGACUGUCGGUGUCUAUAUCUGACCAUGGGUCCUUGGAAGCUACUGUCGGCCCUGAGUAUCCUCUCGGCUGCCUACGCUGACAUGUCGCUGUUUCAUUCUCGGGCACGGGUGAUGUCGGAGAGGAUACACAACACUUGCUUCUUCUGGGGCAGUGCCAAGGAUCCCAGCAUACUGUCCCUGGCCCAGAGCGGGAACGUGGCCAUACUCGAGAAGACACUGAAGACACACAAGCACAUCUACCAGUCGGAGUUCGACCUGAGGACCCUGGACCCUGAGGGGCUGGUGUUUUACGGUGACACAGAGGGAAGUGUGAACUGGUUCAUCCUCGGCCUGAGGAACGGCCGGCCAGAGAUCCAGCUCAGUAACCAAUACUGCCAAACCGUGGUCUCGUCCGGAGACGUCCUCAACGACGGCAGGUGGAGGACGAUAACUGUGCAGAGUGAUAGGAGAAACAUCAAGCUUCUGGUGGACGGGAAACCCUCCCUGAUCAUCACCGUUCUGCCCAACAUUGGCCUGGAGGGGAACCUGAUCGACAUGCGCAUCACCAUGGGACACCUUCUCAUCAACGAGUCCAGCCUCCUCAUCCCUCUCAAGGACCGAUUGGAUGCCUGUAUCACCAACUGGGAUUGGCUGCAGCAAAAUACCUCGUGGUUGGCUAAGGAGGUGGCCAGUAACCCCAACAUCCAAUGUCCAACCAACAUCAUGCCGGGAACCUUUUUCCCGGGAAUGGGAACGGCAACGUUCAAGACCAGCGGUUUCCAAAAUGAUUCAGAGUCCCAGGAGGACUGGUCUCUGAGGUUUGAGGCUCUGAUCCGUCCCUCCAAACACAGCGGGGUGGUGUUGGCCAUUUUGUCCCAGACCUACAUACCUCUGCUGCAGCUGGACUUUGUUCAGAAGAACAGGCAGGAGCAAUUCCGCCUGAAGCUCGGGGGCUCCACACUGGUUCAGCUGCCAGGGCCCAGUCUGCUGUGUGAGGGCCAGAGAGUCACCAUCAGCCUCUCCGCGAGCAAGGUCUCCCUACACAUCGGCGGCCAGAGCAGGAGCCGGCCCGUUACCCAGGACACCAUCGCCACACUGCGGACUGCCUGGUUCGACGGGGAAGCCCUGCUGUUCCUGGGGGGACUGCCAGCCCUGGACACACUGGGCUAUGAUUGGUUCUACUUCCAGGGCUGUAUGCAGGAGCUGAAGGUGCAGGGGGUGUCCGUCGACCUGAACCAGGCGUUCUUCGUGCACGAGGCCAUCUCCACCCACAGCUGCCCAGCUGUGAAAUUUAGCCAGUCACAUCAUCUGUGAGCACAGCAGCCACAAUCUUCAACCUCUCCCUAGUCUGUCUGCCUCCCCACUCUCGAUCACAUUAAAGUCUCUUGUGAAUGGA